AUGGAGGCCGUUACCGACGUUCGCGCCUUCGACGGAAAGAUCAUCGCUGUAGUCGGAGAGACAGGCGUCGCGAUGCAUCUAGUUCACGGUCAGACAGUCCUCGAGGCGGCUUUGGCUCUCCAGCUCCCGAUGCUCGCGCUCCGCUUCGGCAUCAUCACGGUCAAUCCAGCCAUGAUCCUCGUCCUGCUCCUGGUGGGCAUCACCAUGUUGAAGACUACCGACAAGCGUUUUCUCCCGCUGAAUGCCAGUGGCUUCAAGAACAACUCGACGACUCCUCCAAUUUCGCAGAUUACGAGGCACGAGAUCUCCGUGCCGAUCCUCUUCAAGGCCCUCGGGAUCUUUGAGCUGGUCACGUUCGCGGUCUUGUUCAGCACCAUCAGCCACAGGCUCCUGUUCCGCGGUCUCGUUCUGAAAGCGGUGGUGUCGGCACAAAUCAUGAUAGACAGCAAGCGGUGGACGCGAACCGCAUUGAAGAAGUGGUGCGCAGCACGAUUACAUUGCAAAGUGGGCCAUGUACGGAGAGAAGCCAACGGUAUCAUGCAAACGGCGCACUCUGGCUUCCAGGACACGGCCGUGAUUCCCCUCCGCCCGCAGGUUUUUCGGAUUGGCCAACGCGACGUGGACAUUCGCAAUCUGGAGGAGCGUGCUGGUGUUGUGGAGCAAACUCAGGGCACUAUGCAGCAGGGCUUGGAAGAAUUCCAGCGAUCAUUGCACGUGGAGUCGCAACUAGCACCGCUGGCUUGGCUCGCAUCGCCCAUUGCGACCGCCCACCUGAUUCUAGUUUGUUCCACAUUAGCAAUGCUCUUCUAA